UUCUUCUAUUGUCCGUCUCUUCCUCGUUUCUCACAUUACUUUUCCUCCCAUCAAACACCAUCGCAUUUCUCCCCCUUUCUUCUUUUUCUUCUCCUCUUUUAUUUUUUUUUCUCGUAAAAUAUGUAAAUUUUUAAUCCCAAAGCUGGGUUUUCGAUCUAUCGGAUAUUUUCAAUUUUGUUUUCUGUUUUUGGUUUGCAGUUUCUAUUUGCAUUUGAUUUUUCUGGUCAAUGCAGCUUCAUUUUUGUUCAAAUUAGGGUUUUCUUUCCUAAUUUGUGAUUGAAAAUUUUGGGAUUCUUUUUUAUAUCAAUUUUAAAGCAUGUGAUUUGAAAGAUCUCUUUUUUCCUUUCUUAAUCCUUUUAAUUAUAAAGGAGGAAGAAUCCCAUUUUUUUUGCCCUUUUGAAAUUAAAUUGGAUUUUGGAUUAUUUUUAUUCUUAUGAUAAGUUUUGUCUCUUCGGUUUACACUUGGUUUUUUCCUAAUUAAACGUUAAUUAAUGCGUAUGUUGUAAAAAGUUGAGCUCUUUUUUGUCAAGGGAAGAGAAUCUGUGAACCGGUCAAUUUGGGAAAUCUGUUGGUUUUUUGGGUGUUAAUGUUUGUUGGGUAGGGGGGUUAUUUAUAAGGAAAAGCUAAUUGCUCGCAAAUCUAAGUAAACAUAGCUAUUUUAUGCUUCUGGGUUGAGUUGUUUAGCAAUGGAGAAAUCGAAGAUUGACCAUAUUGUUGGUGGCAAGUUUAAGCUGGGAAGGAAGAUUGGUAGUGGAUCUUUUGGGGAGCUCUAUCUGGGUGUAAAUGUGCAAACUGGAGAAGAGGUCGCUGUUAAACUGGAAUCUGUGAAGACCAAACAUCCUCAGCUUCACUAUGAGUCAAAGUUAUAUAUGCUUCUUCAAGGAGGGACUGGAAUUCCACAUCUAAAAUGGUUUGGAGUUGAGGCUGACUACAAUGUCAUGAUUAUUGACCUUCUUGGACCUAGUUUGGAAGAUUUAUUCAACUAUUGCAACAGGAAAUUUACAUUGAAAACGGUUUUGAUGCUUGCAGAUCAACUUAUUAACAGGGUUGAAUACAUGCAUUCUAGAGGUUUUCUUCACCGUGAUAUAAAGCCUGACAACUUUUUAAUGGGCCUAGGUCGCAAAGCAAAUCAGGUGUAUGUCAUUGAUUUUGGCCUUGCAAAGAAGUAUAGGGAUCUUCAGACUCACAAACACAUCCCAUACAGAGAAAACAAGAACCUCACAGGCACAGCUCGCUAUGCAAGUGUCAACACUCAUCUUGGAGUUGAACAAAGCAGACGGGAUGAUUUGGAGUCUCUUGGUUAUGUGCUUAUGUAUUUCCUAAGAGGAAGUCUUCCCUGGCAGGGAUUAAAGGCUGGCACAAAAAAGCAAAAAUAUGACAAGAUCAGUGAAAAGAAAGUUUCAACUCCCAUAGAGGUGCUUUGUAAAUCGUACCCAUCUGAGUUCGUAUCAUUUUUCCAUUACUGCCGAUCAUUGCGGUUUGAAGACAAACCGGACUACUCAUAUUUGAAGAGGCUAUUUCGAGAUUUAUUUAUUCGAGAAGGUUAUCAGUUUGACUACGUUUUUGACUGGACAGUUUUGAAAUACCCUCAGAUUAGUUCCAGCUCUAGAGGACGGCAUUCCAGUGGGAAACCAGGUCAUGCAGGACCAUCUGUAGAAAGACCUACAGAAAAGGUCUCAGUUGGGAAAGAGAUUCGGGAUAGAUUGUCAGGUGCUGUUGAAGCAUUUUCCACAAGGAAGUUCUCAGGCUCUAGUCCACAUGACAAUUCCAGAAACAGAUCUUCAGAGAAUCAACUGGAGCCAGAGAAAGGGCGUAGUUCUUCUCGUUAUGGCAGCAACACAAGAAAAGCUGUCGUCUCAAAUAGUCGGCCGAGUUCAUCUGGCGAACCUAGUGAAGGUCGUUCUAGCAGGUUACUCUCAAGCAGUGGCCGUCUGACUUCUUCACAAAGAAUCCAACCUGGGUAUGACCCAAAAUCAUCUACUCGUGCCGUGGCUUCUUCUAAAGGCACUCGUGACGACGCAUUUAGGAGCUUUGAGCUCCUCUCAAUCAGGAAGUGAUGAGAGAGAGUUUGAGAUAGGAAGGUAUUUGCUUAAGCCUCGUAUAGAUACAUACUCUUCCAUGUCAAGCAAUCUUGGAAUUUAUAAUCCUGCCAUUGUAUAUGGAAUAUCACUUAAUCGCUGCCAUCACUGACUAUUUCACAUCUUUUAAGAACAACGUUACUUAAUCUUGUUCCUGCUUCCUUUAUUUUUUGACUCUUGUAACGAUUUUUAGAAAUUUCCAAGGGAGUUGUGUACGGUACUCGAUUUGUCAUUAAUUUGGUUACUUUCUCUA